AUGACCUCGACAGCGGCUGCUCCCCCCGAGGUCGACGACUUUCGCAGCAUCACCGGCGCGCAGGAGAGUGCUGAGCCGGCGUCGUCAUCGUCAACAACGCCCACGCCCACCACCGCCGCCCCGUCGCGCGAGAACUCGACCACCAGCCAGGCCUCGGUCGUGCAUGCACCUACCUCUGGUGCCCAGAGCAGUCCCGCUACGCAGGUUCCCUCUAUGCGCCGCCAAUCCCUUGCGAGAGACCGUUCACUCAAUGUGUCCGGCUCGCCGUCGCCAGCGAACUCAGCGCUCAAUUCACGCGAUGCCUCGCCUGCACGCAGUCUGCAACGCACCACCACCGCGCCGCCAGGACCAAGUGCCAGGUCCCAGUCCGGCCUCCUGUCGCGCAAGAGCAGCACCGACGUCAGCCCCAACCGCGGGCCCAGCACCAACUCGCCAGGACUCUCUGCUGCGGCCAUACAGCGCGCUCUCUCGUCCGCCAACAUCCCUCAACUGCCACCCACCGCGUCCUCAGACUCUGUCAAGGCACCCCGGCCCUUGAAGUCCCCUUCCGCCAUCGUCUUUGGCGACAGCACACCCCAUUGGCCUGUCUCGCCGCGCAUUAAGUCUCCAUCACCGCCGGACGCCCGGUCCCAUUCACGCUCGCGCCGCAACUCGCUACGCACGCAGGCCAAGAAGCCUGAGCUCGUAUCGACGCCCUCAAUUGUGGUCCAGCAUUCCUCGCCCUCGCCUGCCUCGGCCUCUCGUUUUCCAGUCAAGGAAGAGGUGGUGACGCCUGGCGAGGAGGACACGCCCAUCAUCAUGAGCAUGAAGGGGCCGUCCCGCGGGGCCAGCGGCGUGGCUCCCAAGCUGGAGACUGUGCAGGAGUCUAGUCUGCCUGCAACACCGGGUUUUGACGGCGUUGAGCCGCAAAGCUUUACUCUCACAACAACCACGUCAACCACCCACAAGAAGCCCGAGGAAGAACGAAAUGACGUCAGUUCGUCAAAGGUUACCGAAGACCUUAGCAGCCGACACAACAACAUGCACGCCAACACCGGUAGUGGCAGCGACAGUGGCACAAAGAACGGCAGGAAGGGCAAGAUGCAGGAACAGCGGUCGUCAUCAACCCACCGGGUGAGCAGCAAUGUCUCCACCAAGCCUUCGUUGACAUCGCUGUCGUCCCGAGCCCGCGACCCACCCCUGCGCAACAUGACGGUCGAGACGGAAACCGUCCCAUCGAUAGCACAGGCCACCAUUAGCAACCAGGACCGCUCCGCCUCCGGGCGUGUCGACGGCAGCUUGCGAUUGAAGCCGAGCAAUGAGACAAUACGGCCUAAGAAAGAGAGGAAGCCCCCGAAGCGAAAAGCACCGUCAAUCCACUCGGGCACCGGUAGGUCCUCGCAGCUUUCAUAUCACUACCAAAUCCCUAGCAGACCCGACAUGGCCCCACGUUCGAACACUGCGUCUUCAUACGGGAGUCAGGUGUCACUGCGCUCCUACGACGACCGGCGAUCGAUGUUGACCAUGUCACCACCUGCAAGCCCAGAGAUGACCGUUUCUGCUUAUGCUCCAUCGUUCAGCUAUUUUUACUCCAAUACUAACUCAAGCUCCCGUAAAGCUUCAUCAAAAGCAGAUGUUUUCGAACAGAAGGUCGCCAGCGCAGUCGACGAAGCCAAUUCCUCAGAUUCAGAUGCUACUUUCAUCUACGAGUCGAAUCCUCCAGAACAUCAACCUCACCGCAGUCGGGGCGGUCAUCAUUCAAGAACGCCAAGCAUGACAUCAAUUGCCAGUCUUGCCGACCUACGUUUAGCGAUACGCAACGAACACAAGAAUCCCGGUAAGAAGAGCAGUAUGAAGUUCACGAACCCAUACAACAACCCAAACCUGGAUUUCGAUGGCAUAGAUCGCGGUGAGGGAACAAUUCGCUUGGGAUCUGGCCGCGCCGGCACAGGCAGCCACCACCACCACAUUGGCAGACAUGGCCAAGGCCGCGGCGCUCUUGGUCACAUCUUGCUGAACGACGAUGCUGCUUCCAUGUCACAGUCUUCGCGCGGCCGUGGCCCCUCUUCACGGCAUCCAUCGCAGCCCAGUAGUCCUCGCUUCCACAACUUCAUCGUACAAAACGGUGCUGUUACUGGCAACAACAAGUACAGGGAGUUGUCAACGUACGAUAUCGAUGCGGGCAUUGUGGCUGAUGAUGAGCGCACGCCACUGAUUCCAUCGGCCCGUAGCCCACGGGUCCGGACUCCACGCCGCAGAGACAGCGUAACACUUAGCAAUCUUCAGCGGCAGCUGGAUCGCAGGCAACGCAACGAAGGUGGGUGGUGCCGUCGAUUCGCUGGAUGUCUUGUUCUCUCCAUUCUGCUUUUGGUCGUCAUUUUCAGCUCGGUCGGGCUCGUAUUCGCAACCACGAAGCCUCUUGACAAUCUUAGCAUUCGCGAGAUCCGGAAUGUGAUAGCCAGCCAAGAGGAAUUGAUAUUGGACCUGAUUGUCGAAGCUGUGAAUCCCAACAUCAUCGGCGUUACAAUUACCGAUAUGGACGUCAGUAUUUUCGCAAAAAGCAAGCACGUUGGCUCAGACAAGUGGUGGCACGAACAUGGCAACGGAGUGCCACACGACAACGAGGAGGAUUGGCAGACUAUUGACGUCUCGGAUGUCGCCGAAGCAACCGGCAAAACGCCCGACGGAGUCGACAAAGGCACAGAUCCCAUCGAAGAUCCGGACGUUGGUGAGCCUCGUACUAUGUUGCUAGGCCGCAUCUUCCACUUCGAUUCACCAUUGAACUUCGAUGGCUCGUUCUGGCAUCGACACAACGCCUCAUCGAUCGGUGAGAUCCGCUUGACACACCCAGGAAACAAGACCGAAGCUGGCGGAACACAGCGGUGGGAAGAGGUCUCACAGUAUCCCUUCCAACUCCUCGUGCGGGGCAAUUUCAAGUACCAGCUUCCACUCAGCACGCGGGAACUCAAAGUCAUAGUUGGAAAAGACUAUCACUACGAUCCAGACGCCGAAAAGAAGAAGCUGAUUAAGGCCGACGUCAAAAGGAUCGAGUCAGCAAACGCAGAGCAGCCUGCAAAUGCUGUAUCAUCAAACCCAUCAGGGAGAUACGACCGUAGAGCCAACCCAAUUAUCCUAUAUCGGUAGAGGCCACUAUCCAUUUUGUACAACAAUCAGUACCCGAGCUCCUGAGGGGCCGUGUCCAUUCGCGGUUCCAGAUAUCACGGCCGAAAGA